CACGCCAUGGCACUUGGAUCCCUUCCCAGCUCAGUUGUUUUCGUGCGCCGCUCCGCGGGACCCUGCCGCUCCUCGAGACCCCGCGCCCGUUUGUCGCGACCGCGCUUGCAGCGACCGGAGGUAGUUUGAGCACCGAGCCCGACGCCGCAGUGCGAGAUGAAAGCGCUGGCCUCCCGAGCCGUCCGGAACCGCGAAUGCUCGUGGCAGCCCCAGCCGGCGCUUUUGCCCCCGAGGUGACGCGCAGCCCGCAGCCGCCCAGGCAGAUGGCUCCAGGCCAGGUGCCCCAGCCGCUCCCCUGGAGGGAUGCCCACGCCUUCCACCUCCUGUCCCCGCUGAUGGGCCUUCUCAGCAGGGCCUGGAGCCGGCUGAGGGGCCCAGGACCUCUAAAGCCCUGGCUGGAGGAAGCAGUAACGGGUGCAGAUCAGGGAGAAGCUUGCCUGGAGGAAGCGACUAAGGCUGCUCUGGCCACCCACUAUGCCCCAUGGGGUGGGCACCCUCAGUGGGGGCCUGGAGACAGUGGAAGAGCUGUGGAGGAUGGUGGCUUAUCCUGGGGAGCCUGCCCUGACCUAAAGGCCAACAGUUCUCUUCUUGAAGCCUGGGAGCUUUCAGGUGAUGAUGAUGAAGAAUAUGGUGGGGAAGAAGCAACCAGCAUCCCUAAAGAGCAAGGAAGUGACUAUAUAGGUGGCCAGCCUGCUCCCAGGUUCCUCAGCCUUCUGAGAACCCUGCAGGACCCUCCUGUGGAAGAGGAAACUGAGGAAGGAGGAGUUGCUGAAGAUAAAGUGAUCACGUUCUUCUCUUCCCCUCCAUCACACUGGGAGCUUUGUCCAGGGAUGGAGGAGGAGGAGGAGGAAGGAGAAGCUGUAAAUAAAGUUCCCAGAACAUCUACUUCCCCCUCAUCUACAGGAUCCAAGCCCAGUGCUUGGGUGUGUGCUGCAGGGGAAGAAGAGGCUGGAGCUAAGGAGGCAGAAAGAACAGAGAAGAAAGAAACCGGGAAGAUCUCCAUUACCUCUUCAUCUGCAGGCUCCCGCCCCAGCGCCUGGGAGUGUGAUUCAGGAGAGGAAUCUGAGGAGAAGGAUGGAAAGGCUGAGAAAGAAGCUGACCCAGAGCCACACUCCUCAGUUCUAAGCCACAGGCCCCUGCUCAGGACCUGGCAUCAGCAACCCAAAGAGGAGGAGGAGGAGGACAGUGCUUCAGGGGAAGCUGAGGGUCUGCCUACCAUCCCCACCACAAGUGCUUUCACGAAGGCCUGGGUGUGUUGGCCAGAAGAGGACACAGAGGAGGAAGAUGAGGACAGUGAUUCAGGAGCAGCUGAGGAGGCGGGAGAAGCUGGAAGUCCCUCUUCCAUUCCCCCCACAAGUACCUUCUUGAGGGCUUGGGUGUACCAACCAGGAGAGGACACAGAGGAGGAAGACAGUGAUGAGGGAGAAGCAGAGGAAGAGGGAGAAGCCGAGAGUCCCUCUUCCAUCCCACUCACAAGUACCUUCUUGAGGGCCUGGGUGUACCAACCAGGAGAGGACACAGAGGAGGAAGAUGAGGACAGUGAUUCAGGAGCAGCUGAGGAGGAGGGAGAAGCUGAGGGUCCCUCUUCCAUUCCCCCAGCAAGUGCCUUCUUGAGGGCAUGGGUGUACCAACCAGGAGAGGACACAGAAGAGGAAGAGGAAGACAGUGAUUCAGGAGCAGCUGAGGAGGAGGGAGGAGCUGAGAGUCCCUCUUCCGUGCCACUCACAAAUACUUUGAGGUCCUGGGUGUACCAACCAGGAGAGGACACAGAGGAGGAAGAUGAGGACAGUGAUUCAGGAACAGCUGAGGAGGAGGGAGAAGCUGAGGGUCCCUCUUCCAUUCCCCCAGCAAGUGCCUUCUUGAGGGCCUGGGUGUACCGACCAGGAGAAGACACAGAGGAGGAGUAUGAGGAGAAUGAGGAUGAGAAAGAUGAUUCAGAAACAGCUGGCUCGGGCCCAAGUUCUUCCCUUCAGACCCAGAGUGCCCUCCUCAGGGACUGGACAUAUCCACCUGGAAAGGAGACAGAGGGAGUGGAGGCUGCUGAGGAAGCUGAGCCCUUCCGAGUGGCCAUCUAUCUCCCAGGAGAGAAGCCACCACCUCCCUGGCCUCUUCCUCGGCUGCCCCUCAGACUGCGAAGGCGGCUCAAGUCUGCAGGAACCCCCACCCAGCAUCCGGACCCCGAGACUCCCCAAAAGGCCAGAAAGGUGCACUUCUCUGAGGAGGUCUCCAUCCAUUUCCUGGUUGUCUGGGCUGGACCAGCCCAGGCUGCCCGAAGGGGCCCCUGGGAGCAGUUUGCCCGGGAUCGAAGCCGCUUUGCCCGCCGAAUUGCCCAGGCUCAGGAGAAACUGGGCCCCUGUCUCACCCCUGCAGCUCGGGCCAGGGCCUGGGCACGCCUCGGGAACCCUCCCUCUCCUCUGGCUGCCACACCUGCCACGACCCAGACCUUGCCCACAUCCUGUGUCCGGGCCACGCCUUUGAGCCAUACUGGGGCCUCUCUCUCGCCUCUUUAUGUGUCGGUGUCUCCCGCCUUAGACCUCAGUGGGAGGCGUGGCUAGGAUCCUGUGGUGUUUGUGUUAUUCACUAUUUAUUUUUUUACCAGUUGGUUUAAGAAAUAGUCUUUUGGUUUGUACUGAGCAAUGUCACCUUGUGUAUCUGAACUGACAGUAUCUACCUCUCCUGCGUCCUGGAAGUAGUUGAGGGGACUAGGAAAGAGGCAGUGCCUUAAUAGAGGAUAAACUACAUUUCCCAUCAUCCCUCAAAUUUGCCUCUCCUCUUGAGGCUUCUUUUGAGCUAAAGGCUGGUGAGUUUUGUAGUUUUUCUUUGGCUUCCACCUAAAUUUUAUUAGACUUGGGACAGUUAUCUCCCCAAAGGGGGCUGGGAGCUAGACUCACAGAUCUCUAACCAAGGGUUAAGCUCCAGUUUUCUGAAUCUCCCUGGAAUAUACAAACAUCCUCCUACUGGCCUUUACAUGGUGAAUUCCUCAAGGUCUUUAAACUGCCCUAAUUUAACAUUUACAAGCCCUGUGUCCAUUGCCUCAGUUUCCUUAUCUGUAAAGCGUGGUUAACAACUGCAUACACCUUAUGGGAUUACCAAGGCCCCAAAGGAGUUCAUGUUUAAAGUAAUGCUUGUUGCCCAACCAGAUCAGUGGUUGAGUGUCAACCUAUAAACCAGGAGGUCACUGUUGGAUUCCCCAUCAGGGCACAUGUCCAGGUUGCAGGUUUGGUCCCCAGUGGGGGGCAUGCAGGAGGCAGCCUAUCAAUGAUUCUCAUCAUUGAUGUUUCCCUCUCCGUUCCUCUCUGAAAUCAAAGAUAUUUUUAAGAAAUAAUAAAAUAAUGCUUGUCAGUUAAAUGUG